CAGCCCCGCGACAAUACGAUUCUCUACUUACUUUUUGCAUUCGGUCAAGUAGCCUUUCAACAAUUAUCUGUAGUCACAGGAAUUACAGUGUGGCAGUGAAAAAGGGUUUUUACUUUGUUGGUACUUGGAAAGUUAACAACAACGAGCUACUUUCAAUAUGAACCGCAACAGCACUCCGGAGGCCUCGACUGCCUCGUCGCUACGCCCACCUUCUUCGCGAACAGUCGGAACUAACAAUCACCACCUUCGCGCAUCUGCCGACAUGGCUGCUCUUGCCGGACCCGCGACUUCGAAUCGUAUCCGUCCCUCUUCAGAUUUUUACGGCCAGCAAGGACAGGGUCAGGGGGGUGUCGAUUCAGACCCGCAGGACAAGGUGACCCAGCAGUGGAUUGCCGACAUUGACCAAUAUGAGACUACUUUAGAGGAAAUGGCUGCUGCAACCCUGGACCAGGAUUUUAAGGACGAACUCAGUGCUAUAGAACAGUGGUUUCGAGUUUUGUCCGAAGCCGAGCGUACCGCUGCUUUGUAUGCGUUACUUCAGCAGACUACUCAGGUCCAGAUCCGUUUCUUCAUCCAGGUUCUUCAGCAAAUGGGAAAAAACCAUCCUAUGUCUGGUGUAUUAUCACCAGCCAACUUCGAUAAGGAUCCGAUGUCAAACCGUUUGAGCGAUGCUAUGAACAAGUUGAAUGUUGGAUCGGCUAGGAACUCCCUUUCUCAGCCACAAGCUUCGGCUAAGAGACACUCGGGGCUUGACCCGUCAACCAUCAAUGCUAUGUUCCCUGAUGCUGCGGCAGCCAUUGCUACCGAAAAGGCCAAAUUCACUCAACAGACUGGGAAUCAGCCUCCUUCAAACCGCAACAGCACAGCUGUCGACGCACGAAACCCCUUAGCUGCUCCGGCUAUUUCUGCACCAUCUGAAGGACUUGAUCCCAGCACGCAGAAUCCUGCAUCGCCUUGGGGUAAUGACCAAAACGCUUCGCGACCUAAGUCGUCUUCUGGUCAGGCUCCAAUGGGCCAGUUUGUUCAACCGCCGCCUUCAGCUGGUUUGAGAUCGCCUCGCCCCCAACUAGGUGGUAACAAUGGCAUCCAGAAUACCACGCUCAAUGCCCCAGACAAAUCUGCUACUGAUCUACCCCUGCUUUCGCCAUACACUGCCGGAAGCGGAAACUGGGCUUCUAUGGUGAACACUCCUAUGGUUGCGUCGUUCAACGGUGGCAAUGGUACCCCCAACCAGGCUGAUAUGGUUGCCAAUGCGACGGCCAUGAAGCUCGCAGCUUUGUCUACCGUGAAUAACCGGUUUGCCCUCGACGAUGUGCGCAAGUAUCGGAGAGCUCGGUCCAACGACGCUCCUGGCCAAGGCCAAAACACCCUUUCCGCUGGGCCUCAGGCACCAAAUCUCCAUGGCGCGAAUAUUGUCAUGGUCAACGAACAUGGGCAGGUGCUGAGCAGAGACCAAAUGCUCGCGUUGCAGAACCACUCGGCCAUGGGUGGAUUCGCAGCCCAUCGUUCCCGUCCGAGUUCUCCCGGUAUAGCAAUGCAGGCAGGUUUUGGUCAGAUACCUUUUGCUUCUCCACAGAACAACGGUUUCUUGAGUGCCUAUGACGGCUCGCAGAAUCCACUCUUGAACAAUGGACUCGGUGCGAUUAACAUGGGCCAGCUUGGCGUAGGUGUUCCCGAGGGUUACCUUUCCGACCAUUCGGAUAUGGUCCGUGGUCGUUCCCCGCGUGGAAGGCGUGGUACUUCGAAGCCUCCAGAGGACCCAACCGAUCCAACUCUUCUCCAAGAUAUACCGGCCUGGCUACGUAGCCUCAGGCUGCACAAGUACACGGAUAAUCUGAAGGACAUGAAAUGGACGGAGCUUAUCGAACUCGACGACAAAGCUCUAGAGGAGCGUGGUGUCAACGCCCUUGGAGCACGUAGAAAGAUGCUGAAGGUAUUUGACCAGGUCAGAGAGGCCAAGGCAGACGGCAAGCUGGGCUAGCCACUGCAACCUAAUAAUGAAUACGUUAGCCUGGUGCCGGUGAUCUAGGAACAAUUUGGAACUUGAAAAGGCGUGCGCAUGGAUUGUUUUAAGGAUCCUCACUAUCCGACAGACUUCCCGGUAAUGAUGAAUUGAGGAUUUUCCUUGGCCGGG